ACAAGAUAUGCUUAGACCAUAGUUUGUGUUAGAAGUUAAUGAUUCCUCUACCAAGUACCAACACAGCCCUGCUUAAGGAGAGAAUAUUCUUGCUUUUGAGCAUUUGUGUGGUAAUAUAACUUCUCUUUUUGUGGAUACAGCACCUAGAUCACUCAGCAGAGAAGUCAACCAUGACAGCAGAAACUGAAUCCAGCAAUGUCACUGACUCAAGCCAGGAAGCAGAACCUUCCCAGCUUUUGGACAAUGAAACAAGUGAAAAUCUAGCAGUCAAAAAGAAGGCCUCCUGUUGCACAGGCUUGAAGGUGUUUCUUGCUGCUUUAUCAUUCAGCUACUUCAGUAAAGCUUUGUCUGGUACAAUUAUGAAAAGUUCCAUCACACAAAUUGAACGAAGAUUUGACCUUCCAUCCUCUACUGUUGGUUUCAUCGACGGAAGCUUCGAGAUGGGUAAUUUGCUGGUGAUUGCAUUUGUAAGCUACUUUGGAGCUAAACUUCAUAGGCCCAAAGUAAUUGCUGCUGGAUGCUUUAUUAUGGCUUUGGGAAGUGUUUUAACAGCAAUGCCUCAUUUCUUCAUGGGAUAUUAUAAGUAUGAAACAGCAUCAGACACAAGAUCUUCAGCCAACUCAACCUCAAGCAUAAACCCCUGCUCUCCACAUCAAGAUUUCAAUAAAACCUUUUUGGACACAUCCCAGUCUGCCUGUGAGAAAGAACCAUCAUCAUAUAUGUGGAUAUAUAUCUUACUGGGAAACAUGUUACGUGGAAUUGGUGAGACUCCAAUAACACCACUGGGCAUCUCUUAUCUUGACGAUUUUGCUAAAGAAGAGAAUGUUCCUGUAUAUGUAGCAUGUUUGCACACAAUAGGCAUGUUUGGCCCAAUGUUUGGUUUCCUGCUGGGCUCCUUAUGUGCCAGACUCUACGUGGAUGUUGGAUUUGUGGAUUUAGGAAAAAUUGCUAUCACUCCACAAGACUCUCGCUGGGUGGGUGCAUGGUGGCUUGGUUUUUUAAUAGGUGGAGUGAUCAGUUUCCUAGCCGCUAUUCCAUUUUGCUUCCUGCCAAAGAGUCUGGAAAAGCCUGUGAAAGCCAAUAAGGAUAAAAUUUCACCUGGUCUCCUGGAAAAUAUGGAAGCCACGAGGAAGACAAUUCCUCCUGCAAAAUCUAAGCCAAUGAAGUGGUCAACAAUGCUGAAAGAUUUCUAUACCUCUCUGAAAAACUUAUUGACUAAUCGAAUGUACGUUACAUUUUUGUGUUGCUCACUGUUACAAUUCACUAGCUUUAUCGGCUUCUUGACUUACAAGCCAAAGUACAUGGAACAGCAGUAUGGACAGUCUGCAUCUAAAUCUAACUUUCUAAUAGGAUUGACAACUUUACCACCUGUUGGAAUUGGAAUUUUCCUGGGAGGAUUAAUAAUGAAAAAGUAUAAAAUGAGCAUCAUUGGAGCAACCAAGUUUGCAUUUAUCGUGUCUUUUAUUGCCUAUUCCUUCACUCUCUUGCACUUUUUUGUUGGCUGUGAGAACCAGGUGGUAGCAGGAAUUACAGCAUCAUAUGAUGGCAAACCCAUUCCAUAUCAUGAAAAUGCCAUAUUUUCUGACUGCAAUUCUGGCUGCAAAUGUGCCACCAAUGUGUGGGAUCCUGUGUGUGGAAGCAAUGGGCUGACAUAUGUUUCAGCAUGUACAGCUGGAUGCACGAUUUCAGAGGGACAUGGGAAGAACAUGGUCUUCCAUAACUGCAGCUGUCUUGAAACCAGCAGUUCAUGGUCAGGAAAUAGCUCUGUCACCUUGGGGCAAUGUCCAAAAAGUGAUAGUUGUUCAAAGAUGUUUAUUUAUUAUACAGUAAUACAAGUCAUAAGUGGCUUUUGCUAUGCACUGGGAGGCACUCCAGCAUAUUUGAUUAUGUACAGAUGCGUUCAGCCGGAGUUGAAAUCUCUUGCAGUUGGUCUGCACACUCUUGUAAUGAGAAUGCUAGCUGGGAUCCCUGCACCAGUUUAUUUUGGGGCACUGAUUGACAAAACAUGCUUGAAAUGGGCAAGCACGAGAUGUGGGCAGCGAGGGGCUUGCAGGCUAUAUGACUCCAAUGCAUUCAGAUAUUUGUACCUUGGUUUGUCAGCGGUGUUGAGAGCUUCUUCCUACUUGUUUGCGAUCCUUUUCUUUAUAUUGAUAAAGAGAAACUUUCAAAAUAAGAAUGCCAAGCUUGCAGAAAAUGGAGGAAGAGAAGAUGUUCCUAUGAAUAAAGAAGAUAACUGCAAAAACAGUGAACAUUUGGCAAGUUCUUCUGAGGCAGAAAAGGAAUCGCAUACUUAGAAUGCCAUCUGGAACAGCGUAACAUAAAUCAGGACAGCUUCUUUUAAAAACAACUUUAAUUAUGUCGUGAAUAACUAACUAAUACCUUAGAAAGUUCAGAAAGGCAAAGGAAUAGUAAACCUACGGUCAACAAAAAGGAAAUCUUACAGUGAGGUAUGACCUCACGUGUACUUGGCUACAAGUAACAGACCAAAUAAAUUACUUGAACCAAACCAAGUUCUCAAAAGGUAAUGAAAAGUCUCCUGUGGUGUUCUCAGCAGAGUUAGUCAACAGUUUUUGAAUGGGGUCAAAGAUGAGUGCUGACAGAACAGCACUAGAGUCCCACCAAACGUGGGAUUGAUUCCACGUACAGAUGCGCGGAGUGGUGCUGGAAUGGCAAGCAGCAGUCUACAACAGCAUUCUGAUUUCAUCAAGUUCAAUUGGAAUUCAAAAGAAAAACAAGACCCUUGAGCAAAAUUCUUCCUUAUCUGAGUCAUUGCAACCCUUUGCCACUGCAAAACUGACAACAGCAGUAUUUUUCCAUUAAGCAUUUUUCUCUUAGUUCAGCAGAAAAAAAAUUAUGCCAUAGAGUAAAUAAUUAUUUUUUUAAAUCUCAGAAGUUGUGGCAUUUUAUUAAGAGCUUUUCUUUUUUGUUUUGUUUUUUAGUUGAGUAUGAAACAUAGGAACUAUUUUGAAUUUUUGUAGUUCUGUUGUUUUCUAAGCAAAACUCAACACGUGUUCGUGGCUUUAUUGCUAUGCAGCAAUAUGUCCAGCAGAGGACACUCAAACAAUAACAGAACACCUCUGACUACUGCACAGGGUGUAUCUGCCAUGUUCAGGCUUUAUCGUUUUGGGAGACGUUCAUCAACAGGUAGGCAAAACAUUCAGCUGUAUUCUCAUGCACCUUAAAACUUUUUUCAGACCAAGACUUUAGCUCCUCUUUUCAAAAUCACUUUUGUAUGUCUCUUGGUUUGAGUUCAUUAUAUUUGCAUCCCUCAGAGCUCGGCAAUUGUUACUACUUCAAAUAAAAAGAUGCAUGCUUGUG